GCAGCGUUUGGCUCCUCUGCGUGUCGGAGCUCUGAUGGCGAUCUGAGUGAGUGAGAGAGAUAGAGAGCAGCGCUGGAGGGUCGGAGCGCCGCUCUCAGGCCGAAACGGGGGCAGAUUCAGUCCGAGCCUGUGACUCACUCACUGAGGUGUUGGAGCUCAGCCUGGCAUGCGGAGAGCGCUACUGCCGUGCUGCAACGUGGACGAGUAGCCGGAGCCGGAGCGCCACAGACAGCGGCGGCUCUCCUGCCAUGAGAGAGUCCGAGUGCGGGGCGCUGGAGCGGGGCAGAGACACCCACAUUGCUGCCGCCGCCGCUGUUGCUGCGGUUUAACCGGCACACGGUUCCUUAAACAGACUCUGUAGAGACAAAAAAGGAAAGGUGGAGAUUAGAAAGCUGGGGGGGAUGGCUGGGAGAAGCCGCAGAGCCUGGUUCAGCGUUCUUCUGGGGCUGGUGGUCGGCUUCACUCUGGCUUCCAGGCUCAUUCUGCCGCGGGCCACCGAGCUGAAGAAAGCGGGACACAAACGCAAGGCGAGUGUGCUCGGAGGAAGCGGAGGAGCGGCGGGCUGCGGAGGCGGAGGAGGAGGCGCCGGGCUGAGGAGGGAGCACGGCGGUCUGCUGAUGUGGCCACCACCGCCGCCGGACCACUCAGCCCUGCCGACGGAGAGAUCCGGUCAGAAGGCUGGACAUUUCCUCUUCGUCGGCGUUAUGACGGCCCAGAAGUACCUAGAUAACCGAGCCGUGGCGGCGUAUAGGACCUGGGCCCAAACCAUUCCAGGUAAAGUGGAGUUCUUCUCCAGCGAAGGCUCCGACACCUCCAUUCCCAUCCCCAUUGUAGCCCUAAAGAACGUGGACGAUUCCUACCCGCCUCAAAAGAAGUCCUUCAUGAUGCUCAAGUACAUGCAUGACCACUACCUGGACCAGUUUGAGUGGUUCAUGCGUGCGGACGAUGAUGUCUACAUCAAGAGCGACCGGUUGGAGAGCUUCCUGAGGAGCCUCAACAGCAGCGAGGCCAUUUUCCUUGGCCAGACGGGGAUGGGGGCCCGGGACGAGCUGGGCAAGCUGGCCCUGGAGCCCGGUGAGAACUUUUGCAUGGGCGGUCCGGGCGUGAUCAUGAGCCGCGAGGUGCUGCGCCGGAUGGUCCCCCACAUCCGCCAGUGCCUGCAGGAGAUGUACACCACCCACGAAGAUGUGGAGGUGGGGCGCUGCGUGCGCCGAUUCGCUGGGGUGCAGUGUGUCUGGUCAUAUGAGAUGCAGCAGCUGUUCUACGAAAACUAUGAGCCGAACAAGAAGGGCUACAUCCGAGACCUCCACAACAGCAAGAUUCACAGGGCCAUCACACUUCAUCCCAACAAGAACCCGCCUUACCAGUAUCGGCUACACAGCUACAUGCUGAGCCGCAAAAUCGCGGAGCUUCGCCACCGCACCAUUCAGCUACACCGGGAGAUUGUGCAGAUGAGUCGUUACGGCAACACGGAGGUGCACAAAGAGGACCUGCAGCUUGGCAUGCCUCCCUCCUUCAUGCGGUUCCAUCCUCACCAGCGGGAGGAGGUGCUGGAGUGGGAGUUCCUCACAGGGAAGUACAUUUUCUCCGCCUUGGACGGGCAGCCUCCACGCCGUGGCAUCGACUCCUCACAGAAGAUGGCACUAGACGACAUCAUAAUGCAGGUUAUGGAGAUGAUCAACGCCAACGCUAAGACACGAGGGAGGGUCAUUGACUUCAAAGAGAUUCAGUAUGGCUACCGGAGGGUCAACCCUAUGUACGGUGCUGAAUACGUGCUUGAUCUGUUGCUGCUUUACAAGAAGCACAAGGGGAAGACCAUGACCGUACCUGUGAGGAGGCACGCUUACCUUCAGCAGACUUUCAGCAAGAUCCAGUUCCUGGAGGAGGAGGAAAUGGACGCUCGAGCGCUGGCCGCUAGGAUCAACCAGGACUCGGACUCACUCUCUUUCCUCUCCAGCUCCCUUAAGAUGUUUGUGCCGUUCAAGCUUAGCGGCUCGGGCGCAGAGCAGCACGAACCCAAAGAGAAGAAGGUCAGCAUCCUCGUGCCGCUGGCGGGACGCUACGAGAUCUUUGUGCGCUUCAUGGCCAACUUUGAGAAGAUCUGUCUCAUCCCCAACCAGAACGUCAAACUGCUGAUUCUUCUCUUCAGCACCGACAACAACACCGAGCGCGUUAAGCAGAUUGAGCUGAUGAGGGAGUACCGUUUGAAGUACCCCAAAGCAGACAUGGAGAUCAAGCCAGUUUCUGGUCCCUUCUCCCGCGCCCUGGCCCUGGAGGUCGGCUCGGCCCACUUCACCAAUGAUUCCUUGCUCUUCUACUGUGACGUGGACUUACUGUUUACAGCUGAUUUCCUGAAGCGAUGUCGUGGGAACACCGUAUUAGGGCAACAGACAUACUUCCCCAUCAUCUUUAGCCAAUACGACCCCAAGGUUGUCUACGCGGGAAAGGUACCGAGCAACAACCACUACGUGUUCACAUCCAAGACGGGCUUGUGGAGACACUACGGCUUUGGCAUUGUCUGCGUCUACAAAGGAGACCUGGUCAAAGCCGGUGGCUUUGAUGUCUCCAUCCAAGGUUGGGGGCUGGAAGACGUGGACCUCUUUAACAAAUUCGUCCAGUCAGGGAUUAAGUUGUUCAGGAGCACAGACACUGGCAUAGUGCACGUUCAUCACCCCGUCAUAUGUGACCCCAACCUAGACCCCAAACAGUACAAGAUGUGCCUGGGUUCCAAAGCCUCGUCCCAUGGUUCCACACAGCAGCUGGCUGAGCUGUGGCUGGAGAAGAACGACCAUGGCUUCCGGAGGAUCUCUAGUUCUAAUAAUGGAUCAAUGAGGACAGCAUAGGCCCUGCAAGCAUGGACCUGCUCCUGCCUGUCUUCCUCUUUAUGGUGUUUUCAACUACCUAAUUUAUUUUUUCAUAGAAAAGACUUCUGUGGAUAUAUUUUGAAAUAACUCAUUUUAUAAAGUAUUCAAAAAAAAAAACAGCGAAGAACGUAAACCUACAGACCUUUUUAAAAAGGUCACUGAAGUGUCGGAACAUUUCUUUUUCACAAAUCGAAUAAUGAGCAUCGUAUUUAUGGUGCCUCGGGUGAGGACUCGAAGUGUACCUCAAUGAUGUGCACACCAGUCACAGUGUGGUGUAGAGGGACUUAAUUUAAUGAGGGGUCAAGUUACGGACGUGCAAAUGUGGUGUUGGGGGAGAAAUUCAAUGUAUUCUUAUUUGUGAAUGUUUACAGGAAGCCACACGUACAAGCGAUACAUCUUUCGAAAAACCAACAAACUUAAUGAUUGCAGUUAAGGGCCAUAGAUCAUGUCUUCAUUUCAGUUGAUUUCUCUCUUAUGAUCUCUAAUGACACUGUUUUGUUUGUUUGUUUUUUUGUUUGUUUUUCUUCUCAUGAACUUUGUUUUUGACUUAUGUGAACAGAACUGCUGGAUCUUGACCUUUCCAACUCAUUCCCGCUGUCUAAUUUAUUGAAUGCAGUCUCGUACGAUAUCUGACUGAGGUUAUGUAUAUUAGUGACAACCAUCUCAGUCACAGAGUUUUGUUCCUUUUAAAUUUUUUUUCUCUUUCUCCAAUUAAUUUGGUUACCAAAGACUUUUUUGCACAGUUGCUGUAGGUAUUGUGUGCGUGGGUGCGUGUGCAUGUGUGUGGGUUUUGUGUGUGUGUGUGUAUGCAGGCGGUAGAGCUGUCAUGAACAUGAAGCGAACUCUAGGACGGCGGAACAGAGCGUCAGAUUUUAUACAUCUCUCCGAAAACACAUUAACUAGACACGUAGAAUUAAUCACCGAGAAUUUUCUCACCUGCACAGCUUUUAUUUUAUUCCUUAUUUGAUUUUCUUUGAUUAUGUAGAACGUCCUGCAGGAAACGGAUCGAUCAUUCCUCCGUGACCGAGCCAUGGAGGGGAUGAAUGAUGCCCACCACCUCGCCUUUUGGACUUGUGGACCGCUCUCCCACAAUGUUAUACACACACUCACUCUGUCUGGAGCUUUUUUUUGUACUUUUGUUUUCUGUUAGCUCCCAUCUGACUGGGUAAAGGUUAUAUAUUUAAUUAAUAAAUAGAAAAAAAAAGUUUGUUA